AUCUUGUGGGUCAGGUUGGACAACAUCCAGUGAAAAUGUCGCAGUAUUCUGGAAAGAUCGUGUUUUACGAGGGGAAAUGCUUCACCGGGAGGAAGCUGGAGGUGUUCGGCGACUGUGAUAACUUCCAGGACCGUGGCUUCAUGAACCGCGUCAACUCCAUCCGCGUGGAGAGUGGGGCCUGGAUCUGCUAUGAUCACCCCGACUUCAAGGGCCAGCAGUACAUCCUGGAGCGUGGCGAGUACCCCGAGUUCCAGCGCUGGAACUCCCACAACGACCACAUGGGCUCCUGUAAGCCAAUCAGGAUGCACGGUGAGCACUACAGAAUUGAGCUGUUCGAGGGUUGCAACUACUCCGGCCAGUGCGUUGAGCUGUGCGAUGACUGCCCCUUCCUGCAGAGCCGCGGCUUCACCAAGACCUGCAUCAACUCCAUCAGGGUCUACGGUGACGGAGCCUGGGUGAUGUACGAAGAGCCCAACUUCCGUGGUCGCAUGUACAUCGUGGAGAGAGGCAACUACUGCAGCCACAACGAGUGGCAGGCCCAGAACCCCAACAUCCAGUCCAUCCGCAGAGUCGUCAACUACUUCUAAGCCCCAUCCCGAGCGCCUCAACGACACCCCCGCCAUCCCUGAACCCUCCACCACGAACUCUGUCUUUGCUCCCCACCCUGCAUUCUCUCUUCCUUAAAGAAAUGUAAAAUAAAACCAAGCUAAACCAUGA